AUGACUGCCACUCCAGAGAGCGCGGAGACAUUGAAGCCAUCAUCUCUGGUUUCAUGCAUCAGAUUCCUGGCGCGAUAUCGAUGGCAGUUCCUGGCUGCUUAUCUCAUAGUCCUGAGUUUGCUCAUUGGGACAUUGAUGCCCACGUUCAAAGGCAAUGAUGUGAGAGUAUUGAAAGGAAACAAGCUGUACCAGCCGGCUUUGGAGGACUAUGAGAAAUCACUGGUCCUCGCCAAGUCUCGCUCCGAAGACAUUUCGUGGGCGUACAAUCUCUCCUCGGAUUGGGGCGUGUAUAUCUACACAUCCGAUAGAGAACCCGGCUUCCGUACCACCCCGGCCAACAAAGGCCGCGAGGGCAUGUCCUAUCUCACUCACAUCAUCGACAAUUACGACGAUCUGACGAACAUCACCGUUUUCAUGCACGGAGCAGCCUCCCAAUGGCACAAUGACCUGGAGGACAACUCCCACUCGUCGUUCCUCUUGUCAAAACUGCGAAUGGACGCGGUCACCCGCAAAGGCUAUACCAAUCUUCGCUGUCAGUCGCGUCCGGGCUGUCCUGUGGCAAUGCGCCCCUCGGAUCCGAAGUUCACAUCCAUGGAUGACGUAGUGUAUACGAAUUUCACCUCGAUCUAUACCGAGUUGUUUGAUCUACCCAAGGAACAGGUUCCGAGUGAAGUGGGGGGCAUUUGCUGCGGUCAGUUUGCCCUCACGAAGAAGCGCAUUCGGCAGCGACCUCGAGAGGAGUACAUCCGCAUGCGGGACUGGGCUAUUUCAACCCCCCUCGAUAACUUCACCGUGGGCUCGGUGUUUGAGAUGUUAUGGCAUCUUAUCUUUCUGGAGAAUUCGGUGUCAUGCCCCGAUCCGAAACAAUGUUAUUGUGACCUUUACGGCGUUUGUGACGACUAA